UUCGUAGUAUAUAAGAUCCAACGGUUGCGGGAGUCAUUUUUCAGAAUGUUCUAAGUGCUGACAGACAAUACAUAUUGGUACAGGUGGUUUGACAGUUGUAUACAAUUGUUAUAAGAGAUAAAAUGAAGUGCAAUGUGAAAAUGAAGUUAAAUCCCAGCGUACGUUAGAACAGAAAGCCUUAGACUUUCCACGGAGAGCAAACAAUGUUACAAGCAUGUGUCGUUGGAGUUAUAUUGGGAUUAUCAAUCGUGAUAAGCGCGGACUGGAAUUUUCUUAAGUGUUUCGAAACUGAGAAGAAGUGUCCCAAUGAAAAUGUUAGUUUUUGGCUGUAUACAAGAGAUACCGAGGACAACCCGACAAACCUCAAUAUGUUUGAACCCGAUACAAUCGAUCGUGCCCCGUUCAUUCCUGGCCGUCCAUUGAUAGUUUUGAUUCACGGUUAUACUGGGCACCGAGACUAUGCACCUAACACGUCGAUCCGUCCGGCAUAUUUGGCCGACGGCGAAUAUAAUAUUGUUUCCUUGGACUACAACCCUCUGGCGCUAGAACCAUGCUACUACCAGGCCGUGCGAAAUCUCCCCACGGUCGCGAACUGUACUGCCCAGCUAUUAGACUAUAUGAUCGAGCGCCGGAUGUUCACCCUAAGUGACAUUCACGUUGUGGGGUUCAGCCUCGGAGGUCAGACUUCCGGCAUGAUUGGCAAUUAUCUUCGAGCGGGUAAACUGCAACGAAUAACUGGCUUAGAUCCAGCCAAGCCACUCUUCAUCACUGCGCCAAGCGAAUUUAAACUGGACCAGUCGGACGCGGAAUUUGUGCAAGUUAUUCACACGGACGUAUUUGCGAGAGGUAUCCUUCACCCCAGUGGCCACACAGAUUUUUACAUUAACGGUGGCGUGGAACAGCCAGGGUGCAGCCAGCAAACGACGAUGACAACCGGAGAGUGUAAUCACAACCGAGCGCCGGAAUAUUACGCGGAAUCAAUCGCCACGGAAGCGGGUUUCUACGGGUACAGGUGUGCCCACUGGUAUCUCUACAUGCUGGGAAUGUGCCGAGUCGACGAACAGAGCAUGAUUGCCCUUAUGGGCGCACAUACUCCAAACACAACACGUGGCUUAUAUUUUUUGAAUGCAAAUUCGCAGGCGCCUUAUGCCCAGGGGAAAGAUUUCAGCCGAAGACUGGAUUUUGUAGCUCCAUCGUAAAUUACAGAAAAAUAAAAAAGAAACAGUUUAAUUACGAAU